CCCUACUCAUCACAUCUAAUAACCGAAUCUAAGGUAAACUACAGCAAUCUAAAGCAAAUCACAAAUAAAAUUAAAGAGAAAAAAAAGAAAGAAAUUGAAACAUUUUGAGUUAGGGAAAAGGAAAGGAACCUGGAAGAAAGGUUUUGUGCUGAAAAGAGGGUCGAGUAUCGUUGUCCCUCGGUUCACAUUUCAGAAUUGUGAAAAACCCUAAAUCAGGGUUCCAGCACAUUGGGUCGAUUCUGAGAGUGGAAAGCGUCUCGGGAUGAGGAAGCGGGGGUGAGGAAAUCGGAAUGGGUGUGUGGUUGUGGACCAACGUGGCUGUGUUGCAGCUUAACGGCAAACACAAAGACGUGUGUUGGAGAUCCACCGCUGCAACAACGGCCAAGUCCGUGCCUUGGUCGGUGAUUUGCGGGGUAAUGCUAUUCGGGCUGGGCCUCAUUUCCCUCUUGACGGGCCACGUGGCCUCUCAUCUCGAAUGGUACUCUCACCGACGCUCUCUCUACUCCGCACUGGAUGGAAGUGAUCGUGCGCCUAUUGAUAUUUGGAAAUCGCAGUAUUCUAAAUACUACUAUGGAUGCAAAGAGAGGGGGCGUCGUUUUGGUCCUGCUGUACGUGAGCGCAAGUCCAAUGGAUACUUGCUAAUUGCAACAAGCGGAGGACUGAACCAACAAAGAACUGGGAUAACAGAUGCCGUUGUUGUUGCAAGAAUUCUUAAUGCUACCCUAGUUGUACCUGAAUUGGAUCAUUAUUCUUUUUGGAAGGAUGACAGUGACUUUUCCAAUAUUUUCGAUGUGAAUUGGUUCAUUACUUAUCUCGCAAAAGAUAUUACUAUUGUUAAAAGAGUUCCUGAUAAGAUCAUGCGGUCAAUGGAGAAACCCCCUUAUACAAUGCGUGUCCCGAGAAAAUCAGAACCUGAAUAUUAUCUUGAUCAAGUUUUGCCGAUACUUUUGAGAAGACGGGUUUUGCAAUUGACAAAAUUUGACUAUAGACUUGCAAAUAAUCUUGAUGAUGAGCUGCAAAAGUUACGUUGCCGUGUUAAUUAUCAUGCCUUGAGAUUUACUAAACCUAUUCGAGAACUUGGUCAAAGACUUGUAAUGAGAAUGCGAAAGAUGGCAAGCCGUUUUAUAGCAGUCCAUUUGAGGUUUGAGCCAGAUAUGCUGGCAUUUUCAGGUUGUUAUUUUGGUGGGGGUGAAAAAGAAAGACACGAGCUUGGUGAAAUCAGGAAAAGGUGGACAACAUUGCCUGAUUUGAGCCCUGAUGGAGAGCGAAAGCGUGGGAAAUGUCCUCUUACUCCUCAUGAGGUGGGUUUGAUGCUGCGUGCACUUGGUUUUACAAAUGACACAUACCUCUAUGUUGCAUCAGGAGAAAUAUAUGGUGGGGAUGAGACCAUGCAGCCUCUCAAAGAUCUUUUCCCCAACAUUUAUACAAAGGAAAUGCUUGCUCAAGAAGAGCUGAAACCUUUUCUUCCAUUCUCUUCCCGCCUUGCUGCUAUUGACUACAUCGUUUGUGAUGAAAGUAAUGUAUUUGUCACUAACAACAACGGUAACAUGGCCAAAAUCCUUGCUGGUCGUAGGAGGUAUAUGGGUCACAAAAGAACUAUCAGACCAAAUGCAAAGAAGCUUAGCGCAUUGUUCAUGUCAAGGCAUGAGAUGGAAUGGGAUACAUUUGCUAGCAAGGUUAAAGCGUGCCAAAGAGGAUUCAUGGGAGAGCCAGAUGAGAUGAGACCUGGACGAGGAGAGUUUCAUGAAUAUCCAAGCACGUGUGUGUGUGAGAAACCAUUUAUAGAUGAUCUGAGCCAAGAUGGAAUCCGUCCCCCUAAACUUGCAGCCUACAACGUGACCACGAAAGCAUACUCUGCAAUGAACUGAGGAAAUGAAGAAAGUGUUGUACUACGAAAGCGAAAUUGGAGAAGGGCCAGCACGUGAUAAAAUUGAGUAACUUUGGACCGGUGUCAUUAAUUGGAGGAAGAAAUAAAUUAUUAUUAAUGGCAAGAAAUGCUCUACGGCAAUGCCUCCAUUUUAACGUCUGAUUUGGCUACUAUCAAGUUAGUGCUAAUUUAAUUAGCUACGGCCAUGAUGAAUGGCUCAAUUCAGAUCCAUGUAUAGGGUUAAACGUGAGAAACAUCAACGCUUUGCAAAUGUUGAUAAUAGAUAUGUUUGGAUUAGAAUCAGUUGAACACUUGUAGGUAAUUUGAUUUUGCAAUUUCUUCCCCAGUUCCAUAUUCUAACUUA